GUAGAGCCUUGGAGCCUUCGAUUGUCGCGACUGAGCGUGGAGCAAGUCAUGGAGAAGCCGCUGGUGUAGGAGUAGCAGAUGUAGGAAGCCCUUUGGACUUGCUCGCCAAGGGCAUACAGCAACUUCAAGAACUUCAUCUGCGUAAAGAAUCUCAAGAUCCUGAGCUCCUCAAGGGGAAUGUUGAGAUUCCGAAACUUCCAGAACCAUAUCAAGAAGGGAGUGCUGUAGCUUUCCUGGAAUGGGUCUACGAAACCGGUCAGGUUGUGGGAUCGAUAACAGACCGUGCUGCAGUUUGGUGGGAAAGCAAUUUGGCCUUAGCUUUGCAGGCGUACAAAAGAUUCCAACACGAGUCCCCCUUGAACCGCUUGAAGAUCCAGGUUGGAGAAGCUACAGGUGUAGAUGAGCAGAAGUGGUCAAGACUGGAGAAGCGAGUCAUGACUUUGUUGCUUCAAUCUAUGCCCAGCACUAUCAAGAACGAGAUAACCAUGUUGCGUAUCUCCAAGGUCAAGGAUUGCCUCUUCAAGCUGUGCUCCAUCUACGCUCCAGGAGGUGCGACUGAACGGGCGAGCUUGAUUAGGCAGCUGGAGUCAAUUCCGGUUCACGAAGGUGUGUUAGAGGUGACUUUGGCUUUGAGGAAGUGGAAGAAGCUUUUGGGACGGGCGUCGGAGAUGGGUGUUUCGUUGCCUGACGGAUCUGUCCUGUUGGUGGCGGUGGAGGCGGCUACCCGUAAGGUGGUGGAAGGGCAUAGGGACAUUGCCUUCAAGCUUAAUAUGGCCAAGCAGAACCUUCAGCUUCCUCAUCUACCCUUGGUGGCAUCAGUGCUAGCGUAUGUGGAUCAUAUCUUGGCUGAACUGCAGCAGGUGAUCCCCCUUGGAAGAGGAGAUGUCAUCAAGCUUAAGGGCCUCCAGUCAGAUCCUAGCUCGCCUACUUCUUCAGCUAAUAGCCCUACCAGACCAGGCGGAGCUAAAAAUGGUUGCAAGUACUUCCUUUCAGACGAUGGGUGUCGUAGAGGAGCGUCAUGCAAGUACUCACAUGAGUUUGCGACCAAAGAAGAGAAGCGAAACCGUUGCUGGGACUGCGGGAGCACCAAGCACCGACGCAAGGAAUGCCCUGUGGCUGCUAAACAAAAGGGGCCCAAGACCACUGCAGCCUCGAUACAGCAGAGGACCGAUGUUGUGCCCUCUGCCUCCGCUUCGAGUUCAACUAUGCAGCCUCCUCUUCUACUGGAUGCCCUGCAAGAUGCAGCGCCUCCUAGAGGGGAAGCACAAGCGUUACCCACAACGGGGACUACCUCCUCGGCUGCUUCGACAGUGCUCUUGCCUGAGACGAAGGAGAGAGAUGUUCAGGAGCUGCUGAAGGAAGCCAACGCAGUGCUGAAUAAGUUCGUGAAGCUCCAAGCCCUCCAGGCUCAGACCAACGAGAGUGUAGGGAUGCUUGAUGGUGUGGUCAGAUCCAUAGCCCCGGUGGAAGGCGAGCGUUCAGCUCUUCUGGAUAGCGGAGCCUCCCACCCGUUUCGAGCUCCUCGAACCAAUCAAGAACACCAUGAAGCGAAACGAGUAGCAGUUCAGUUGGCAGAUGGGCGAACUGUACGUCUUCGACAAACUCAUGGAGGGACUCUUCUUCCAGCUGAGCCUUCCUCAAACUCGUCGUCUUCGUGUACGAUUUUGCCACUUGGAAGUUUGGUAGAGUCGUUAGGGUGUUCGCUGCGGUGGAGCAAGAAGAAGGGUCUUCAAGUUUUCCAUCCUCGAUAUGGUCUACUCCCGACCAAGCUGGUGGGCAACUGUCCGGUCCUUCGCGAGCAUGAAGCGCUGCGGUUGAUUAGUGACCUGGAGGACUUAGAACUUGCGCGCCUGAGAGAGCAAACUAUGGUUGGGGCUGUUCAGACUUUGGACGCAAGUGAGGCCUCGACCUUAGACUGGAGCUCGCAUCUUGAGGAGUUCCUGAGCAGUGGCCAGCGUGUGUCCUUGAGAAGGAUGCUUCGUGAUCCUAACUGUCCUUUACAUGAAGAGGAGGAGUCAAAGCGCAUGGCCGUUGUCGGGGACUUGGAUUUGAACUUCUCUGAGUCUGCGGGCGCAAAGUUCCUUAAGGCCUUGCCAUUCAGCCGGGCGCGGAGACGGAGGUUGUUAAGGACACGCUGGAUUGUCCACUUGUUUAGUGGAGAGGAGGGAGUAAAUGAGUUCACUGCCUUGGAGAACGAUGAGACGACAGUAGUGAAUGUGGAUAUCCGUGUGUCAAAGGGCUUGGACCUGAUGGAUGAUGGAGUGUUCCGAGCCUUGCUAUGGGCAGCUGGUCGAGGCCAAGUUGAGGGUGUCUUUGGAGGGCCUCCUCGGGGUUCAGGAGAAGGGCCAUCACUUUUGGUCAGCCGUAUGAUGAUGUUGUGGACUUUAGCUCAGCAAGGAGCAGUACGAGACGGACUGCGUAUACCGUUUUUUGCCAUGGAGUUGCCCCCACGACAUCCUUUCUGGAGGAGCCCCGCGUGGGAGCACUUCAAUGCUGAGUACGACUUCCCUGUGGUUCAGGUCCAUGGACAUUUCUUCGCCGCAGACAUGGACGUUCAAGGAGCACCUGUCACUUUGGAAGGCCUGAGUGGGGAGAACUGGCAUGGCUUCUUGGAGACAAAGUACCAGGACGGUGCGUAUGGCGAGGGCUAUGGCAAGGCACCAGUCGAGGAGGAGGACGAUUACCAGAAAGCCAUGAACGAGAGGUUCCAGAACGUGUUCAAGGACAUUGGGGACAACAUCGAGUACCAGUCUUUGCAGUAUGUGGUCCCUUUAAAGACCAAGACGGCUGUGGAAGUGUUUAAGGCCAUCCGCCACUUGUACUUGAGCAUACGCCGAGAAGGUUUGCCCCUUGCUCGACUUCACUCGGACCGAGCGCAGGAGUUCUGCACUGAGGAGCUCCGUACUUGGUGUGAAGCCCACGAUAUCAUGCCAACUACAGGGGAGUCUCAAGCUCCUCAACAAAAUGGACGUGCAGACGCUGCGGUUAAGCAGCUCAAGACAAGGGCUAAAGCACUUCUACGAGCCAGUGGACUUCCCCCUGAUUGCUGGGCCUUGGCUAUGCGGUUCGCGGCUAUGAAGCAGAGAACGGCGGCGCUUGGCUUAAAGGAUGACACUGACGGCGCGUCCUUUGGAGCUGUGGUACAUUGCAAGGCCAAGUUGUUUGGAGAAGGCGGCCGAUAUGAUCUCAAGGAGACUUGGACCCAAGGCCGUUUUGUUGGAUGGUCAGAUGAUGUGGCUCAUGGCAAGGUUGUUCGCUUGGACAACGGAGGCUUCAUCACAACGACCCACAUCAGGCCGUUCCUCAUCGAUGCUGAUGAGUUGGAGCUAGCUCGAACCCUUCUGGAAGAAGAUCGAUGCACCGUUCAGGAUGCUGUUGAGUUCUGGGACGUUGCGCGAAAGCACUCAACGCCCAGGGCAAGAGCAUGUUUCCAUGGCGAGCAUCCCAGCUAUUUUGCUACUGGUCUGUACGCGCAUGGUGGCUUUACUGGGCUCCUCACAAACAUGUACCGGUACCCCAUGACCACUGCCUACUUGACUAAGGUCUUUGAGAACUACGCUGGCCAAGAGACGUUUAGCACUUUGACUGUGUCUGAUGACGUCGGCGUGCGAUGUCAUAGAGAUGUUCACAACGAAAGGGAUACUGAGAACAUCCUUGUGCCGUUGCUUUCAAGCGAUGGAGGGGGUGUCUGGGUAGAGUCGCUUCCAGAAGAUCACCAAUGGGAUGACGUAUGGAGGCAGAUCCCGAAUGGUGAAUGGAGAAGAGGCCACGUCCACCAGCUGAAGGCAGGGUCUCCUUUGAAGUUCAGUUCAAGGUUGUGGCAUGCAACCGAGCCUUGGGAAGGUCGACGCCUUCUCCUCAUAGGCUAUACUCCGCGUAUGAAGGCCGUGACACAGCCUACGUACGACUCCUUGCUGGACGCUGGCUUCAAUCCUCCUGUGUUUCGAGGCCAUGACUUUGUUACACCCACGUUGAACAUGAUGAACUUAGCGGCAGAGGAUGUUGGAGUGGAUGCUGUGGUCUUCCUUGUGCAAGAGAAAUCGCACGGCUCAGGGGUUCGAUCCAGUCAAGCUCUACGAGACCUACACUCCUUACAAGAAGAUAUCCUGGCACGCCUUGGUCAACGAGCUGAGUUCCUGAAUGACAUUCUGGCUGAGGAGGAGAUGCUUGCAAGUGAGUUGGCUGAUGUUAGCCAGCUCGUCAAGGACGAGGCAAGCGAGGCCAGGGAGCUGAUCAUGGAUUUGUUGAAGGAUGUGCAGUCCCAGAUUGACAGCGUCAUGAAGAAGUCUUCGAGCCAUUUUCUUUGGGCGGCGUUUCUGGCUGAGGAGGAGAGCGAGGCUCUUGGGGACUUGGAAUCCUGGUUAGGCAGCCUGGAGGAGGACUUAGGAGUCACCCUGACUGUUCCUCUGGACCAAGUGAAGGCCAACUUAGCGAACUGGGUGGAUUCCAUCGCCAAGGAGUUGUCCAAUGUUGAACAGGGCGCAGGGGCUGUAGAACGCAUCUCCUACGCCGCAGCCAGAGCCUGGCUGGUCCGCAGGAUCUACCGACAUCACAGGAUUCUCAUCCAGGCCGGCCUGAUCGAUGAGAACACCGUCCUUCUUGUGAAAAGGCCGCUGUAUGGCUUAAGGGAGGCUCCUGCUCUAUGGGCAGCCUACCGAACGGAGAAGCUGAAGGAAACUAAGGUUGAGUUCGAUGGCGGUGUUUUGAUGCUGCAGCCCCUGGUUUCUGACAGUGAGCUGUGGUUGAUCUUGUACACCUCCGCAAAGGCUGAGACCCCCGAGCUCUAUGGCCUCAUGGUAACGUAUGUGGACGACAUUUUGUACUUGGCCUUGCCGGCGGUCAUGAAUGCUGUGCACGAUGCUGUGUCGCGUAUGUGGCCCUGCUCGGCUCUUGAACUUGCGACUAAGCCAGGUGGCGUUCGAUAUCUGGGCAUGGACCUUGAGGAGGGGGAAGGCAGCCUUCCAUGUCCCAAAGACUGGCUGUUCGAUGAUGAAAUCAAUGCUGAAGAGGAAAAUUUUUCUGAGGACGAAUUGCGCCGUGGCCAGAAGAUCGUUGGUUAUAGUGACGCUAGCUCUGCCCCCUAUGGAGGAAAGAGCUUUGGAUGUAGCGUAGCUGUUGUGGGGCGAUCGCCGGUUGCGUGGAAGGCUGGAAAGCAGCCAUACGUGACUAUGAGUGUCUGCGAAGCUGAGCUGGUUGAGGGAUCGACUUGUGCCUUGCUGCUGGAGUCGAUACAGGCCCUGUUGCUAGAAGCUUGCAGUUACCGCGCACCAGGCACCUCAGAGUACGUUAUUCGUACGUCAUGGACAAGGUCUCGAACCAUCAGCUGGAGGUUGCACACGUUUCUGGUGAGCGCCAACUCGCCGAUCUGCCGACUAAGCUUCAUGGACGAGUUCGACUUGUGCAGCUUUUAG